AUGGAUUCGGUGAUAUUAUCUGGUCCUUCCGGAUGUAAAAUACGUAGGAAGUACCCUAUCCCAUCAUUCGACCAGAAUUUACCCGAUGAUUACUCUACUAGUUUUUAUAAUAAUGAUACAGCUUUAAGGAAUAAUGAACUUAAUGGUGUAGAAGAGGAGGAACUUGACCCGUAUUUGAUCUGGCGCAGAAAUGCUCCAUUUUUAUAUGACUCAGUAUCUCUUUAUAACUUAGAUUGGCCCUCUUUAGUUGUCGAGUUUAUGACUGAUACAUUUAAAAUUAAGAAUGGGUCAGUUACACAGCGCCUUCUCCUAGGAACACACACUUCAAGUUCUGACACCGAGUUCGCCAUGGUUGCAGAACUGAAAUCCAAUGUUUACACCAUGAAAGAGUGUUUAAAUACUUGUGAGAAUUUUAACCAAUUUAAGGCAGUAUCUUCUAGUUCGUCUGUUGGCUCCAAUACUAGCUCUGGCACUCAGGGCAUAUUGGACAUAAAAGCUAAAAUAGUACAUGAAGGAGAGAUAAACCGAAUCUCUCAAGUUCCUGGAGCUCACUUCCUCUUUGUAACACAGAGCAAUAAUGGAACUUUAUAUCUUUUUGACUACUCAAAGCACCCUUCAAGCCCAAGAGACCUCAAGGUUUCCAUUCCCCAACUGGUUCUCAAGGGUGGGCACUCCUCUGAGGGUUAUGGUCUAGCCUGGAACUCUACCAAUCAAUUAGUUUCCUGCUCUUCCGACGGCACAAUAGCUCUAUGGGAUUUAAACUCCUCUUCACACAAUAAAACUAACUGUUUAAACGGUAUUGUUGACGGCAUUGGAAUAAUAUCUCCAGUUUCAACUUAUAAUACAAUGGAUAGUACUCAUAAUUGUGAUAAUGUAGGACUAAAUGAUGUUGAAUUUAUAAAUGAUAAUGUAGUGUUAAUUGCUUCUGAUGAUACUAAUGUACAUCUUAUGGAUCUUCGCACUAAUUCUACCAGUUCCAAUUCUAAAUUUUCAAUUGGUUCUAGUGUUAAUUGCUUAAGCUUGAAUAAGUUUGACAAAAAUUAUUUUGUUUGUGGCUGUGAUAAUGGUAAAAUAUCAUUAUUCGACACAAGAAUGGAUAGUAAUCUUUUGGUUAUUGAUCAUCACAAAGAUUCUGUAAAUCAGAUUGAAUUUAACAGUUCGUGUUGUGGUUUGUUUGCUACUUGUUCUAAUGACUCUACUGUUUGUAUUUUUGACCUUUCUUGCAGGGGUGAUGAGCUUCGUUUUGUUCAUCAGGGUCACAAGGAUCAGGUAAAUGACAUUUCCUGGACUAAGCUUGAUUAUUAUCAGAGUUCUCACUUAGGUUUUACUCUUGCUUCAGUUUCACAGGAUAAUCUUCUUCAGUGUUUCACACCGAAUUACUUUUCUCUCUAA